UCCAUCGAUUUGUUUACAAAUGGCGACCGAUUUGGAAGCAUCAGAUGUGCAGACAGCACCCACGGGCGCGAAUGAGGCUUGUCAAGAAACAUCGUAUCUCUUCGUGAAAGUUUUAGGUAGAGGGGCUUUUGGAGAAGCUGUGUUGUACCGUAAAACCGAGGACAACAGUCUGGUGGUAUGGAAGGAAGUGAAUCUGGCACGACUUGGAGAAAAAGAGCGUCGAGAUGCCAUGAACGAGGUGGAGAUCCUGUCGCUGCUGAACAACACCAAUGUGAUCACCUACUACAACCAUUUCCUCGACCAGGACACGCUCUUUAUAGAGAUGGAAUAUGCCAAUGGAGGAAGUCUUCAUGACAAAAUUGCAACUCAAACAGACCUGUUUCCAGAGCAACAAGUGAGAUGGUACCUGUUCCAGAUUGCGUCUGCCCUGACGCAUAUUCAUAACUAUGGAAUAAUACACAGAGAUGUCAAAGCUAUGAAUAUUUUUAUGACGAAAACCGAUUUAUUGAAAUUAGGGGACUUUGGAAUUUCAAAACUUCUUGAAUCUAAAGGAGAGAUGGCUGAUUCUUUGGUGGGAACUCCCUAUUACCUGUCCCCGGAGAUUGUACAGGGUGCCAGCUAUGAUCAGAAAACUGAUGUUUGGGCACUUGGCUGUGUACUGUUUGAGCUGCUUACCCUAACGAAGACAUUCCAGGCAACGAAUCAGCUUCGGCUUGCGUACGAGAUCGUGCGGAGUGAACAGGGUGAGGUUGAUCCAUGCUUCAGUAACCACAUGAGGGAACUAGUAAACCUCAUGCUGCAGAAGGAACCGAAGAACCGGCCUAGUACCAUGGACAUCCUUGACCAUUCUGUAUUCACGGCUGAUGACUGCAAAGCAAACAUGGAAAAACAGGUUUGGGAACUGAACUCUGGGGCUCGAAAAUUAAGACUACAGUCAUCAUCAUCUGUAGAAACUGUCCCUGUGAUCAAGUCAAAAGUCACGGAGGUGUACCAGUGGGGGGGAGGCAAACGGACUCCCCAGAAACAGGACAUGUUUGUGAAAGGCAAAAGUGCCAUUCAGGUGGCAGCAGGGAGUGCCCACUUUGCGGUGGUUACCAUGGAGAAGGAGCUGUAUACCUGGGCGAAUGUUCAGGGUGGGGCACAAAUCGUUGGUCAGCUGGGCCAGGGUAACAAGUCUGCAUACAAGGCACCAAAGAAAGUGGAGGCACUGGAGGGGGUUGGCAUCAUACAGGCCUCAUGUGGGGAGGACUUCACGCUGGCUGUCACAGAUGAAGGACAGGUGCACGCGUUUGGUUCAGACUACUAUGGCUGUUUGGGCUGUGACAAUGAGGAUUAUUUGUGUUAUUUCUGUCUAGAUGAAGGACAGGUGCACGCGUUUGGUUCAGACUACUAUGGCUGUUUGGGCUGUGACAAUGAGGAUUAUUUGUAUUAUUUCUGUCUAGAUGAAGGACAGGUGCACGCGUUUGGUUCAGACUACUAUGGCUGUUUGGGCUGUGACAAUGAGGAGGGUGACGAGGUACUUGUCCCUAUACUGGUAGACUACUUUAACACCCGACCUGUGGCCGAGGUCUCCUGUGGACAGUGUCAUGUUAUUGCGCUCACCCGGGACAGAGAUGUCUACUCCUGGGGCUGUGGGGAGUUUGGUCGCCUUGGUCUCGGAUCAGAAGAUGAUUUUGCGUCGCCACAAAAGGUGGAGACACCGGGGAAACACUUCAUCAAACAUGUGUACGCUGGUAGUGACAGCACCUUCCUCGUCACAACCAGUGGACGCGUCCUUGCGUGUGGCAGUAACGAGUACAACAAACUGGGUCUCAACUCAGAAACAUCUGGUCUACGCAAACAGAAACCAAAGAUCUAUGACAUUCCCUGUAAAUACACAUUCAGCACGGUGAAGCCCCUGCUGAGGUUUAACAUUGUAACGGUAUCGGCUGGCCACACCCACUCAGCAGCCAUUGACUUGUAUGGUAAAUUGUACACAUUUGGGUCCAACAAGUAUGGCCAACUAGGUGUGGGGGACUUUAAGAAGAAGUCCUGGAUCUGUCGUGUGAGCGGAGUCCUGACGGGGAAAAGGGUGAUUAACGUAACCUGUGGUACUUACUUCACCGUGGCAGCCACUAGUGACAGUCAGGUGUAUUCCUGGGGUAACGGUGCUAACGGGACAUUAGGGGCGGAGUUCCUGGACCAGGGGAAGGGCCCUAACAGCCAGUCGAUCUCCCUCCCUCGUACCCUCUUUGGGUCACUCCACCUGGUGUCCCACCUGUCAGCUCGGCACUGGCACACCAUUGCUAUCGCAGAAAAAGUUCUAAAUCAAAAGACUUUGAAGUCAAGAAUUUCAUCUCCAAAAUGUGAAAAGAACCUGCACAAAGUGUUCGUACCCUCCCCGCCAGUGGUAGAAGAAGAUGGCCUGUUCUUGGAUAGUGAUGAUGGUUUGUCCAAACCUCGUGUGUGUAUAAACUAUCUUGGUAAUGAAGAAAUGAAGGAUUCUGGAAAGCCAGACUCACCAGAAAUUUCUGAGUCCAAGUCCGACUGGAAAAUGCCUCCACGGGCCAAACCAUUUACCCCCUCCCCAGUAGGAGGGGCAGCAGGCUACAGUUACCAAGACUCUGGACGUCCAUCCUCAGGGGGCAGUGACAGACCAGGGUCAGGGGGCAAUAGGGAGGAGUCAAACAUCCCGGACUGGCUACAGGCAGAGCUUCAGGAUGCUGACUUUAUACCGUUCCCCCCUGAUGUCCUGCCUGUGUCCCCUCCCAUACAGCAUCCCGGGCAACCAGGGGGACCAUCAAUCUAUGCAGAUAUGGAGGAAAUGAAGGAAGCAGAGAACUCCAUGAAAGAGCAAAAGCUAAUAAAAUCGAAAAACACGGAAAUAUUGGAGAAGGAUGAACUGAUAGCGUUACUAAAACAGAAGUUGACCGAUGUGGAGUUAGAGAAUACUGAACUAAAGGAACAGCUAAAAUCUCAGGAGAAAAGGAUGAAAAGUUUGGAGACACAGGUGGGUGCGGCCAGGAUUGACCAUUGAUUAACAGUAUUGUGUUAUAGAGAUUACUGACCAUCAUCAUUAGUAUCAUAAUGGCUUUACUGACCGCUUAGUUAUAUGCAGUGGUUGUGGAUUGAGAAAGUAUAGAUACACUACUUGUAUAUAUCUACAAUUCGUGACAAUCUCAGAACUUGUUAUCCUAUGCAAAUUGAAACCUUAUUGAACAUGUGUUAUAUAGUGUCUAUAAUGAGUUUUGACACAAAAACUGGUUAUCUCAAUCAGAAUUUAAUAUCAACUUUUCAUUUAGAGAUAUUUCAAUUAUUUUGAUAUUCAUAACAUAAAAAUGUUUAGGAAUUUAAAUUUUUCCUUUGAGAACACUUGUAUACUGUAGAAAAUCUAAGAUAAGAAAUAAUUAUAAACGAAGUGAUGUACUAAUCAACUUGUCCUAGACUCCAGGAUGUUAAAUCAGGAUUGUAUCCCCAAAGGAUCAGCCAUCACUGUACGUUGUUACAUAACUAUAGCCAGAAACACGGUUGUAUGCUGUUAGCUGAGGUUGUGUUGGGCUGGUCUCAUACCAUUGUAUUUAUGUACAACUACAUACUGUACAUUAAAGUUACUGCUGACAUACAGGCCAAGAUACCACCAAAUACACUCCUACAUCAAAACCAUCACAGUACCUGUGGAUUAUCUCAUAUAGAUAGAAAUAUUUUCACUGAUUGUCUAUAAAUCUUGUAUAAUCAAUGCCACCCCUUCAUUUUAGCAAUAACGUUAUUUUGAGAUUUAAUUAUCAUUGCCUGAACUAAGACUUGUUGCUCAAUAUAUCACAACCAAGUCUAGACAAGAGUACUGAUAUGUGACCUCUGGUUAUGGCCCUUUGUGAGAACUCUUUUAACGCUGAUUAUAACCUGUAGGAUAACAUUGAGGUCCUUGACCACAAUUGCCUUCAGGAUAAGUUUUUUGAAUUCUGUUUAAUUGAUCUGCAUUAUGAGCUUAUUUUGAAGUCCAUUAAAUUGACAAUCAGAAUGAGCUCUUUGAAUUAAAUGAAGUUGACCUUAAGGAUGAGCUUUUUGAAUUCUCUUAAAUUGACCUUCACAAAUGCAAUGAGUUCUGUAAAUUCUGUUUUUGAAGUUUGAUGAGGUCUCAAUGGAAAGUUCUGGUCCUGGCGUACAAGAUGAGUUCUUUGGUGUUUUGUAUGAUCUGAGAGUAUGCUCUUUGAUCUCUGCUGAUGGCCUAAAAGCGAGGUGUCUGCUCAUGAUAUAACAGUGAGCUAUGUGAUCUACAAUCCGGAUGGUAGGUCAGGAUGAGAUCUUUGAUAAAUAAUCAUGACCUAACGGGACCUCUUAGUGAUUGAUCAUGAAGUGUGAGCUGUUUGAUAAUUGAGUAAGAGCACACUUUUUGAUGAUUGAUCGCGAUCAAAGAAUGAGCUGUUUGAUAAUUGACCAUGAAGUAAAGGUGAGCUCUUUGAUAAAUGAUCAUGACCUAAAGUGAGCUCUUUAAUAAUUGAACAUGACAUAGAGAGAGCUCUUUGAUAAAUGAUCAUGACAUAGAGUGAACUCUUUGAUAAAUGAUCAUGACCUAGAUUGAGCUCUUUGAUAAAUGAUCAUAAACUAAGAGUGAGCUCUUUGAUAAAUGAUCAUAAACUAAGAGUGAGCUCUUUGAUAAAUGGUCAUGACCUAGAGUGAGCUCUUUGAUAAACGAACUUGACCUAGAGUGAGCUCUUUGAUAAAUGAUCAUGACCUAAAGUGAACUCUUUAAUAAUUGAACAUGACCGAGAGAGAGCUCUUUAAUAAAUGAUCAUGACAUCGAGUGAACUCUUUGAUAAAUGAUCAUGACCUAGAGUAAGCUCUUUGAUAAAUGAUCAUGACCUAGAGUGAGCUCUUUGAUAAAUGAUCAUAAACUAAGAGUGAGCUCUUUGAUAAUUGAAUAUGACUUAAAGGUGAGCUGUUUGAUAACUGACCAUGAAGUAAAGGUGAGCUCUUUGAUAAAUGAUGGUGACGAAAGAGUGAGCUCUUUGAUAAAUGAUUGUGACCAAAGAGUGAGCUCUUUGAUAAUUUAUUAUGACCUAGAGUGAGCUCUUUGAUAAAUGAUUUUGACCAAAGAGUGUCAACUCUUUGAUAAUUGACUAUGACGUAAAGGUGAGCUCUUUGACAAAUGAUGGUGACCUAAGAGUGAGCUCUUUGAUAAAUGAUUGUGACCAAAGAGUGAGCUCUUUGAUAAAUGAUCAUGACCUAAGAGUGAGCUCUUUGAUAAAUGAUCAUGACCUAGAGUGAGCUCUUUAAUAAAUGAUCAUGACCUAAGAGUGAGCUCUUUGUAAAUUAUCAAGGCCUAAGAGUGAGCUCAUUGAUGUUUACGAGGGCCUGAAUUAAGAGCUACUAUCAUGAUGUACGGGUGAGCUAAGAAGUAUAUAUAACUGCAAUGUACAAUUGGCAGCUGUUCUGCCCUCCUGUUUUAAUAAGAUCUCAUGUUUUAAUAUGUAGGUAUUUGUGAUUUGUGUUUUUUGUCAAUAAUUGUUGUUUUCUGCUCACACCACCAUCCAAAGCAUUUUGAAGUUAAAAUUUUGUAUCAUGAAAAAUGUUUUGUAUAACUUGUUAUUUACAUAUCAGUAAGAUUACUUUUCUGUGAUGCUGAAUUCCUCUAUCUUUUUACACAUUUUAUUUAUAUUUUAUAUUUAUUUCAAGUCAUAACAGUUGUUUGUUAGAUAUUCAUUUAAUACAUAUUUUUAUGUGCAAAGUUGGCCUUAGCUUGAUUACCUGUUUGUCAAAACCUCCAUGGAUUGAUAUGGAGUUGACUAUACAGGUGAUGUCUGUCUGUGAUAUUUAUAUUGAGGCUUUCUGCUGUUCCUUGUGUAGUACAUGUUUUACCUGUUAGUGUGUGUACAAACGUUUGUCUAUUUUACAUUUGAAAAUAGAUUUGUUAAAUAAGACGGUGUUUCUUGUUUUCUGUAGAUAUGAUUCUGUGACCUUGUCUAAACCAAACAUGACAGGGACCGAUGUCCAUAUUUGGAUCUUACAGGGUUUUUGAAUACAUCAGGACACAUACAAAGUGCCUUAUUGAAGGGCUAGCAGGUUUCCUGAUUACAAAGAGUUCGGCGUAGAUAGGUCACAUUGUCUCACAGUCAAGCUUAACAGUAGAUGUCUAUUUUCUGUGUCUCAUUAAAAAAUGGCCACAUCAUCUGGUUUUAUCACACAUUUCAAAAUAAAGGCAGCCAUAUUGUGUGACGCAUAAAGCUUACUGUUCCCAUGGUAACCAGAUACAGUAGAUAGAACAGUACAGGUGUGUAUAUGUUUGUACGCAGCUACCUGUAGGUUUGCCUUUCCGGUAAGCAUCUGCUAAUCUGUAACUCUAACAAGCUGUUUGAUGUUAUAUGGUACCAGUAUUCUAAUAUAACAAAACAUGAGAAACAUAUAUUAAUCUUGUACAAAAACACUUGUACAGUAAGACAAUAUUUAUCUCCUUGUUAAGAGAAUUUAGCGAUUGUAUAAAAUGUAACAAUAAUAUACAGGAAGUAACAAUUAACAAUGUGUGGACCACAGGGGCUCGGUUUCGGAAUUUGGAGUAAUAUAUGACGUAAAUUGUAAUAAUUUCGGUCAAUAAUACACGUAUACACUUCAGAAAAUAAUAGCAACACUUUUUAUGUGGUGUUAGAAACAUUCUAAAACCUUAUAAAAUAGAGGGUACCGAGGUACCCUUACAAUUUACGUCAUAUAUUAUUCAAAACUCGUACCGAGCCCCUGUGGUGUGAGCUUGUGAAAAGGAACGUAAUUAUAAAACAGUAGAAUGCUCUAACUGCUAUCUCAAUACAUGACAAUCAGUGGGAAAGGAGACCUAAUAAAACAACUUAA